AUGCCCGGCCGUCUCGCAAACAAAAUCGCCGUCAUAACAGGCUCCUCUUCUGGCAUAGGUCGUGCAACCGCGCUGGCAUUCGCCCGUGAAGGCGCCUCCAUAGUCUGCUCCGACAUUCGUGAGGAGGCUCGUACAGAAUACCGCACCGACUCAUCCGACCUCACCACCGUGCAAGAAGCAGAGAAACUAGGCGCAAAAGCCAUUUACCUGAAAUGCGACACAACAUCAUCCUCGGAUGUGGAAGCACUGGUCAAUAAAGCCGUAGAGCAGUUCGGACGAGUGGACAUUUUCGUGAACAACGCAGGAAUCGCGAUGGAAGCCGGAACCCACGGCCACAGACCGAUCUGGGAGUUUGAGGAAGACGCCUUCGACAAGACGCUAGAUAUAAACGUCAAAGGCGUCUUCUACGGCCUCAAAUUUGCGUCCCGACAGAUGAAAGACCAGACUCCGCAUCCCAAUGGCGAUCGGGGCUGGAUUAUAAACUUGGCGUCGGUGUUUGGACUAGGAGGCGGGCCUGGGACCGCGGCCUACAUAACCUCCAAGCACGCUGUCAUGGGCCUUACACGAUCCGCGGCCUGGGACUGCGCGCCUCAUCGUAUUCACGUAAACGCUCUAUGUCCCGGCUACACACAAACUUCCUUCCUUGCAAAUCUACUCACGCCUGAGGCAGCGGGAGUAAUCAAAGAGAUCGAGGCGAAACAUCCGUUCCGCGGCUUGGGCACGCCGGACGAUAUCGCGCGGGCGGCAGUGUUUUUGGCAAGCGAGGAUGCGGCGUGGAUUACGGGGAUUGGGCUGCCGGUUGAUGGAGGGUAUUCGAGCGUGUAG